CGAUUGCUUCGCUCCCACCCCAGACACAGUAGGCGUACAUUACAGUACAGUACUCGCGUGCGCUCCCAAUUUGAACCCUUUCUGCAAGUUUGAUCCAUUUACCCGGUCCAAGUCAACCAUUCCGGCCCUGCCUGGGUGGCUGAAGGUUGACAUUUGAGGUUUGGGCUUGUGCAAAGUUUGGGCUUGUGCAAAGUUUUCGGAUGACUCGGCGCGCGAUGUGACCCGAAUUGUGCACAAGCCCCGGCCGAAACGCGCACCAAAAACACGCCAAUCACUUUGCAAAUCCCCGUAUACAAAUGACAAAAUCAAAUGAAGGGGACAACAAGCCAAGCGCGGAAGAUGAAGAAGAGCAGCGGAGCCAGCGCGUCACGGUGAAGCAGCGCGACCCAAUCACAGGCGUGCCGACGGUCGUUGAGGUGGAGGGUAUGUACAUCGGAGGACAAGCCUUCAGUGUGCAAAGGAAUGACACGGUUAUGCUGUACUCUGAAGAGGGCUUGCCAUAUAUCGGAGUCGUCCUCGAUUUUGAUGAGGCUGAGGAUGAGGGCCGGCCAGGCGAGAUGGAGGUACAGGCCCGCACGUGCUGGCUGUACCGCACACGGGACCUCAAGGGCGCAGCCAAGUUGGCUAUGGAGGAGGAGCCGGCGGUGACGCGGCGGGCGGUGCUUUCGGAAGCCAAGGCCGGCGGCGACAAGGGCACCCUGCAGGAGGUGUUCAUGUCAAACCACGCCAACCAUGUGUUCGCAGCCUCCAUCAUGCACCACAUACGGGUCUGGUGCUUACCAGAUGGGCGCCUUGAGCCGCUGCUGCUGCCGGCGGGCGCAGCGGGUGGGGGGCCGCCGCCGGGGGCCUCGGCGGCGUCAGGCCCGGCCGUGUCGAGGGGGGUGCUGCUUCCAGGGUUCGUGGCACGUCGCAUGUACCAAACCAGCAAAGCCAGGCUGCUGCCCCUGGGGAAGGUGGGCCCCGCGGUGGCGAAGAAAGAACUCGAGCCAUGGGUGGGCGAAAUGGUGUCGGAGCUACUGCGUCGCACGCAGGCGCACCUGCCGGCCGCGAUGGCAGACUGGGUGCGGCGGUGUGGCGAGCGGCAGGCACGGUAUGAGUGAACUCAACGCCGGGCCGAGUGCUGACUGACUCAGUGCGAGACGGAUGCGGCGGCGGUGAUGACCCACACUGCAUUACAGCGUAUUAGAGAGGAGCAGGGGACGCAAGCACUGCGGGAGUGGAUGAUUGUAUGUGGUGUGCCGGGCACAGCCGCCGAGUAGGCGGCUGUUAAAAGAAGUGUGGCCAAGCCAACGGCCGACGACAGAAUGUCGCGUGCUGACUCCAUUGCCUGCGUGGCUCUGUUAACGGUACGCCUCGAGAAGUAUGAGGGCACUUAGUUCACUCAGAAGAGUUGGAAUGGAAACAUGAUCGUAAGGCACGGUUGCAGGUGGUGCUCGCCAGCUGUCCAGAACUGUGCGUCAAAUUUUUUGGCUGGGCUGGUAAGUAUGAAUAAGGAGUUGUGGCUGUCUUUUGAGACGGGAUGUUGGGCCACUGACGAAGGGCUCACAGAGAGCCAUGUACUGCGGCUAGUUCCCCACUACAUAUGCACCAUAGCACACUGCACACGCAUAGCGCCGGACUUGUUUCUGAAAGGAGGAUUGAUGAGAGGGGAAAUGGAAGAGGGUCAUGGUUCCAUGACAGACGACCGAGGGGCCAACGCUAUGAUGGACUGGGGAGUAUUCUAUCCAAGUACAUGGAUGGCAUGUAAGGGCGUCGGCACAGCGGACAAGUACGAGUGUCUGAGCGAGAGUCCGGCGGCGACCGUUUGCAGCUGAAACAGCGCUGUGUCGCUGUGUCGCGCCCGUACGUGUGUCACGUACUAACGUACGAUUUUGUGUUAAGCCUUUUGACCGU